AUGGAAUGUAUUGUGACCAAUGAAAACAGUAGGUUUCCCCCUUAUCAUAAUUUUUUUAAAAGUGAAAAUAUUUACAAUUAUAUAGAUUUGAUUCAAAUUAUUGGGAAUAUUUAUUAUAUAUAUACAGAAAUAAAUGAUAUUGCUAAUCAGGUAUAUAUAGAGAGAAUAAAUCUGUUAAAUUAUGUCAAAAAUGUGAAAGGAAAUAAUCCAAACUUCGAAAAUUUUCAAAUAAAUUCGAACAGGAAACAUGCAUAUCCACUAUCUAUAUAUAUGCAAUAUAUCCUAUCUAUUACAUCUAUAAAUAAUAAUUCUAUAAGUACUUGGGAAAAUGAUAAAUCUAGUAUAAAUUGCCAAAUAAAAAAAAACAAAAAUCAUCAGUAUGAAAAGUAUAGCCAAAAAAACGAUAAAACAAUUGGGAAUAUGUUUUUGGAGAGGAAUACAUUUUUAACUAUAAUAAAUAAAAAAUAUUUCGAACAAAAUACGCAACAAUUGUUAAGAUAUACUGAUGAAAUUCGAAUGUGUAGUUGUGAAAAUGGAAAUGAAAAAAAUGGAAAUGAAAAAAAUGGAAAUGAAAAAAAUGGAAAUGAAAAAAAUGGAAAUGAAAAAAAUGGAAAUGAAAAAAAUGGAAAUGAAAAAAAUGGAAAUGAAGAAAAUGGAAAUGAAGAAAAUGGGAAUGGAGAAGAUGGAAAUGACGGUAAUGGAUGGAAAGAUAAAAAAAAGUGUGGUAAUGAUGAAGACGAAAAAAAAAAUGAAAAUGAAAAAUUGAGAAAUGAAAAUAAUAAUAAUGAUGAAAAUGUGAAUACAAAUGAUGAAAUAAAGGAUAGUUUAAAUGGAAUAAAUAAUGUAAAUGAUUUCAGAAAUAUAAAUGUUGGGGAUGUAAAAAAUGAAAUGAAUAACUUAUCAAAACUAUUUUAUGAUGAAAAAAUUAAAAAUAUAAUAGAAAUAAAUACAAAAAAUGAUAAUAUAAUUGGGAAUAGUAAUGUGACAAAUAAAACUAAUAAUAUAAUUGGAAAUAUAGAUGGAAAUAAUAUCAAAUAUGAUGUAUUCCAAGGAGAUGAUAAAAUGAUAAUAAGUGGAAAUUAUGUUAAUAAUAAUAUGAACAAUCCUUUUAAUAUUAAUAAAAAUUUAAUAAUGGGACCUAAAAAUUUUAAUUUAACUACAUCAGGAAAAAUAUAUAGAGGAAAUAAAAUAAAUGAAUCAGGAAAAGCAGGAAAUGGAAUUAUGAUUAAAGAAAAUGAAGAAGAAUAUCGAAAUGAUAAUGUAAAUAAUAAUAAUAACAACAAUGGAAUUUCAAAUGAUGGAAAAAAAGAUUUUACAAAAACAGACGGAGUGGAUAUAAAUAACAUGAGCAAUAUUGGAAACAAUCCAAAUGUUUAUAACAAAAUAAUGGCUAGUCAUAUAAAUCGUAUUAAUAAUAAUAAUAAUGUAAUGAUAAUGAAAAAUAUGAAUAAUUUUAAUUCCAUGAAUUUCCCUAUGAAUUCACAUAACUUUAAUAUGAUACCAUCAUAUAAUAAUAUAGGAAAUAUAAUAAAUAAUAACAUGACAAACAUCCCGAAUAUUUCAAACAAUUUUAUGAUAAAUACACAAAUAAAUGGAAUUAAUAAUAAUUCCUUAAAUGAUAUAAAUAUUACAAAUCCAUCUAGUGCUAUAAUUGGUAUUUUAGGAAAUUCACCUUAUAAUAAUAAUAAUGUAAUUCCAAAUAAUAUAGAUGGAAAUUUAAAUAAAAAAAAAUCGUUGAUAUCUAUUGAUAAAGAAAAAAGUAAUAAAGAUAAUGAAGGUAAUGAAAAUACAAAAAAAAAUAAUAUUAAAAGUUCAAAUAAUAAAAAUAUAAAUAAUAUUGAGGGAGAAAAUAAUAAUAAUAAUAAAAAUACAAUAAAAAAUAUUCGUAUGGAAAACUUAAAAUUUAAUGAUAAUAUAGAUUUAAAGAAUGUAGAUGGAAUAGAUUUAAGUUCAUAUUUUGUAAAUGGAAAAUAUUGCUCUAAAUUAGCUAAUCAUGAAAAAAUAUAUAAUAUAAUUUAUUAUAUUGUUAAAAAUUCAUUACAUGAAUACUUAACUGAUUUUUAUAAUAAUGAAGAUUUAGGAUAUAAAGAAAAAGAAGACGAUAAUGUUUCAAAUUUGUUAAAAAAUGAAACUACAAAUUAUCGAGAAACAAACACAAUAGAUUCAGAUAAAAAUCCAAAAGGAGAGCACGAUAUAUUAUUAGAAUGUUCUGAAAAAAUAAUUGAAAAAGAAGAAAACAACAAAAAUAAAAGAAAUAGUGAUGAUAUUGAUGGGAAAGAAAUUGAUCAAGAUGAUGGAAAUGAUGAUAAUAUAAUACAAAAAAAAAAAAAAAAAAAAAUUGAAAAUGAAGGAAAUGAAAAUAUUGAAAUAGAUCAAGAUGUUAACAUAAAUAAUACAGAAAAAUCUAUGAAUAAUAAUAGUUUGAGACAAAAAAUGAAUGAUAAUGAAAAUAAUUAUAUAUUAAGUGAAAUAACAAAAAGUAUUUGUUCUAUAUUAAAUUUACAACAACUAAUGCCAGUAAAUACAAGAUUAAGUAAUCCAGGUUUAAUUUAUGAUCCUAAUUAUGAAACAAUAUAUUCAAAAUGGAAAUUAUUUUUAAAAAAAGAACAAUCAAGUGGAAAUAUUAUAAGCAAAUGUUUUUCACGGGAUUUUUUACAUACUGUUUUAUUAUGUAAUUAUGAUAGUAUAAUUGAAGACUUGAAAAAAACAGCAGUGAAAAAAAAAAUAAAAUAUUUUUUUCUUCAUAUUUGCUUGGAAUCAGAUAUUCCUAUCAAUGUUGCAUUGAUGCUCUUUUUGAAUGCAACAAAGCAAAGCGACAAGCUGCAGUCCCUAUUACCAUCAGAAACUGGAUUGGGAUAUUUGCAUCGAGACGCUGGAGGAGCAAAAGAAGAAAACAUGGGAAUUAUAACUUUUGAAUGUAUAACAAAUGACAGAGAGCCAGAUCAUUUAAUUAAAUUAAUAACAUUAAAAAAUAUAUUUUCAAGACAAUUACCUAAAAUGCCUAGAGAGUAUAUUGUCAGAUUGGUAUUUGAUAGGAACCAUUAUACAUUUUGUUUACUUAAAAAAAAUACAGUAAUUGGUGGUGUUUGUUUUAGACCAUAUUUUGAACAGAAGUUUGCUGAAAUUGCAUUUUUAGCAGUUACAUCAACAGAGCAAGUUAAAGGAUAUGGAACUCGACUUAUGAAUCAUUUAAAAGAGCAUGUUAAAAAAUUUGGAAUUGAAUAUUUUCUAACAUAUGCAGAUAACUUUGCCAUAGGGUAUUUUAGAAAACAAGGAUUUUCUCAAAAAAUUUCGAUGCCAAAAGAAAGAUGGUUUGGAUAUAUAAAAGAUUAUGAUGGAGGGACAUUAAUGGAAUGCUAUAUAUUUCCAAAUAUAAAUUAUUUAAGAUUAUCUGAAAUGUUAUAUGAACAAAAAAAAACAGUAAAAAAGGCAAUACAUUUUAUAAAGCCACAAAUUAUAUUUAAAGGGUUAAAUUAUUUUACUGAAAACAAAGGAGGGAAUUUACACCCUAAUAAUAUUCCAGGUUUAUUGGAAAUUGGAUGGAAAAAAGAAUAUAAAGAUAUGACAACAAAAAAAACGCAUCAUAAAGAAAUUCAAUUAAAAGAUCAAAUUAUAAAUGUUCUUGAUUAUUUGGAAAAACAGCAAUCUGCUUGGCCUUUUUUAAAACCAGUUAGUCUUUCUGAAGCCCCAGAUUAUUAUGAUAUCAUUAAAGAACCCACUGAUAUCUUAACGAUGCGAAGGAAAGCUCGUCAUGGUGAAUAUAAGACGAAAGAGGACUUUGGAAUUGAGCUAAAGAGGAUGUUUGAUAACUGUCGAUUAUACAAUGCUCCGACAACGAUAUACUUUAAAUAUGCAAAUGAAUUACAAGCUUUAAUCUGGCCCAAAUAUGAAGAAAUUAGCGAAAUGGCAAAGUAA